AUGAUGCUACAGGCGCUUAUAAAGAUCUCCGAUCUGCUCUUCUACCCUGCGUUUGCCUUCGAUCUGUCCAACAUCAUGAACCAGGCUGCUUGGAUUCAAAAUUUGACCGCACCGAGGCCGCAAUCAAACAUGACUACACCGACUCACACCGACUUGGGCAGCUUCCCCAUGCCCGAAAUGGCCGACAUGCCUGCCCCAAUGCCAUCAACAGUCACUGCUGCCCCUCCUCGACCUACUGAAGACCUUCCUCUUCGAAAUUCAUGCGGUAAUUGCAACCAAGCCAAGGUCAGAUGCUCGAAGGAUAGACCGACCUGUCGACGAUGUGCUACACGGAAUACCCCGUGUGUCUACGGGGUCUCACUGCGAGGGAUGAAGAGACCGCGAACAGAGGCACAGCUUGCGGAAGCUCCCCAGCCAGAAAAGAAGAAGAGAACCGCUUCUCUGCCAUCACCUGUUCUCUCAGAAACAUUGCCAGUCACCACAGUUGAUAUGAAUGGGCAAGCACCCUUCUUCCCCGACUGGAAUACCGAUCUUUACACCGGCACCUUCGUCAACGAUGGUCUCAGCGCCCUUUUGCCUCUGAACACCUUUGACACCUCUCUCGUGGACCAGUCCCCAUUUCCGUUUCCACUUGGCGAUGCAAACCCACCGUCGCCGCCAUUCCAGUCAUUCACUGCCUCGCAGAUGGGACUUCCUUCGAUGACAAUCCCGCUCAGCCCCAUUUCGCCCCCCGCGUCGCGGGGCAGUCAUAUUGGGUCGCUUUCUACGGCGGCUUGCCCAACCUCGCCAGGAUCGUGCUGCUGUCAACAAACCAUUGGCUACAAGCUGGCUGAGCUGAAGACCCCCAAACAACAAGGCGCGUUCGUGAUGGACCAGUUUCUAAAGGAACACCGGGCAAAGAUGGCGCUAUGCACAGCCGUUUUGGAAUGCUCCGCCGAACAGCACAAGACGGGAAUGAUACUGCUGGUCGAGAUAAUCGCACUCUUGUUUCACAUGGUCCUUGCUUUUGAUCAGAUCCUGCAGCAAAAAGACAAGACCCAGUCACCGACGACAUGCCCUCCACGGACCCCAUCCGACCACCGCAAAGAGCAAGUCACCCAAGCCAAUAUUUUACGCGCUGAGCUCGCCAAGCUGGGGGCGUUGAUCCAAGAUUUCGACCGGCGGUAUUGUACUCUGGACAAUAAUUCAUGGGGCGAUGACACGUUCCUACUCUCUCCGCUAUUUGUGAAUCUGCAGUGGAAGACCCAGUCGCGGUUCGACGCUGUUCGAUCGUGGAUCCCGUGGCUGUGA